AUGGACUCUGUCCUGGGGCUCCAGACAUGUCCACGCUUCCAAGUCAUUCAGGUAAAUCCAAAUUUCGAGUCCUCGAUUCACCAAGAGCAUGCCAGACAACAGAAGAUCAAGCUGAAGGGAGGAGCAGCUGUCGACCCCACUCCGGCCUCGGGCAGGUCGCACGUGUAUCCGAAAAGGGAGGCAAAAAGAUAUACAACUGUGUCUUGGUCCAUGGUGGACAUCGUGCGAGGGACCAACUCCUACUACACGCAGGUGCUGGAGGGUGAUUUGAAAAACAGGUGGUGGUUAUUCCGCUCGUGGGGACGCAUUGGCACUACCAUUGGCAACAGCUGGAAGACAGGAGGACCUUUCAGGAUGCUCUGGCCCAAAUUUGACGGACUCUACGCGGAGAAGACGGGCAUCGCUUCUCUGCAAAGAAUCAACGAGGUGCCCGGCUGUUGGUAUCCACUUGACAUUGACUACGGCCAGGUAGUGCAGGAAAUGAUAGUAAAGAAACCUACCACAGGAGGAGGCUCAAAGAGCAAGUUGCCAAAGGAGGUUCAGGAGUUAGUCGCACUCAUAUUUGAUGUUGAUACGAUGAAGAGUGCCCUUGUUGAGUUUGAGAUUGACGUCAAGAAGAUGCCCCUGGGAAAGCUGAGCAAGAAGCAGAUCGAGAGUGCCUACAAGGUCCUUUCAGAAGCCCUCAAGCUCAUCAGUGAAAAGAUCAAGGCUCAACUCCUUGACUGCUCCAACCGCUUCUUCACCCUCAUCCCCCACGACUUCGGCAUGAAGAAACCCCCCAUCCUGGACGAUUUGGAGCUUAUCAAGGCUAAGGUGGCCAUGCUGGACAACCUGAGUGAGAUCGAGGUGGCGUACAACCUUCUGAAGUCUGAGGGUGACGAGGACAAGGAUGCAGACCCGAUCGACAAGCACUACGGCAAACUCAACACCAAGAUCGAGGUGGUGGACAAGAAGUCGGACGAGUUCAGCAUGAUCAAGAAAUACGUCAGCAACACUCACGCAUCCACACAUGGACAUUAUAAGCUGGUGGUCGAGGAGGCAUUCAAGAUCGAGAGAAGCGGUGAGAAGGAGCGCUUCAAGCCGUUCAAGCAGCUGCACAACCACAAGCUCCUCUGGCACGGCUCCAGGCUCACCGACUUUGCUGGGAUUCUGUCCCAGGGCCCAAAAGAAUUGAAACCCCCAAAAGGGAAACCCGUCACGGGUUAAAAUGUUUGGAAAGGGUGUCUAUUUUCCGCCGAUAUGGUGCCCAAAUCUGCAAACUUUUUGGGUUCCCACCUCGUAUUUAAACCCAACGGGCCCUCAUCCGCCGCAGAUGUUGACUUGGAAACUAAAAUUCUAUAUCAAGAGAUUUCGGGCUCUGUCUGGAUGAUGUUUUUGCACUCUAUAGUGAUAAAAGAUUAG